AUGAGCAAAGGAGGGGGGAAAAAAAUUAUGAACGUUCAUAUUCUUUUGCUGUCAAUUGUUUUGGGCAUAUGUGCAUGUAAAAGGAGUAUCGCAAACAACGUAAAUAGCGCAUAUAGCAGCUGUGGUAACAGGGGUGAUAUUUUGUCGAGAAGAGAAAGAAAAGGAAGCGAAAAAUAUGUGCAUAAUACCUUGUGUAGUAGCUCUCAUAAUGUUAGGAUAAAACGGAAGGGUUGUGCAAGUGCCAAAGGAAAUACAUCCCUCUGUUGUAACUUUAUUAUUGCAAAACAAAAGGAAGAAGAAAAUAAAAAAAAAAAAAAAAAAAAAAAAUACCUGAACAGUUCAGGUGAAGGCUUUUCAAAUACAUGUCAUCAUGAUGUAAAAAAAAAUACAAAAGAUUAUUCAGAAGAUAUAUUACCAUCAUAUCACAGAUAUAUAGAAAACUUUAAGACAAGGAAAAUAAUCCAUCCGAGCAUAAGAAUAUCAGAAUUAGAUAAAAAAUUUAUGAAAUGUAAGGACAGUUAUAACAAAUUAUAUUCACACUUAAAAGACAGUGAAAUAUUUGAAAAUUUCUCCUAUGUAGGUAGACAGAAAAAAGGGAUACAAUCUCCCAAGUAUUAUUUGCCAAAAUAUAUUGAGAGACCAAAUUAUCACAAAACAGGAAUGCCAAUUUAUGUAAACUAUGAGAAUAGUAGUAAUAACAAUGCAGCAGCAGAAGAAGCAGCAGCAGCAUUCUGUUCCUCUUCAUAUAAUGAAACUGUUGAAGAUGAAACAAAUGCAAAAAAGUAUGAAUACAAAAAUGUAAAGGACGAUGAAGGGAUUGAAAUAAUAUCUAGAAAUUGUAAAUUUGCAAGAGAACUAAUGGAUGAUAUUUCAUACAUUGUGUGUGAAGGAAUAACAACAAAUGAUAUUGACAUAUAUAUAUUAAACAAGUGUGUUAAUAAUGGGUUUUACCCCUCUCCAUUAAAUUAUCAUCUUUUUCCAAAGAGUAGCUGUGUAUCCAUAAAUGAAAUAUUAUGUCAUGGGAUACCAGAUAACAAUGUGUUAUUUGAAAAUGAUAUAGUAAAAGUAGAUAUAAGUGUGUAUAAAGAUAAUUACCAUGCUGAUAUGUGUGAAAGUUUUUUAGUUGAAAAAAUUACGAAAAGCCAAAAAAAAAAAAGAAAAAGGCAUUAUGAUUUUAUAUACUUAAAUGACAAGUUCAGGACAAAAUAUACAAAAUAUAUUUUAAAAUAUAAUUUCGAUUUAAUAAAAAAUAAAGUCGUUAAAAAGGGAAAAUAUUGCUCAGUUAGAAAAAUAAGAUAUGUCGCUCCAAAUUCGAAAGAUCAACAAGGUAUGUAUCACGAGGAUUACGAUGAUAAUACAAAUGUUAUCGGUAUAAGUGAUGAUAAUGAUAACGACAGUGACAGUGAUAGCAUUAUUAGAUUCAGGAAUGGUACUAAUAAUGAUUAUGGUACCACUGAUUCCAAUGUUGGUAGUAUGUACGAUCACUACAAUGAUGUUAAUGAUGAACUCGAAAAUUUUCACAAACAGUACGAUCAACACGUAAUAUUCAACCCACCGAAAAACCACCUAUACAAUGACAUACAGAAAUAUAUAUAUAAUAAUGUAGGAAGGGACAAAGACAACAAAGGGAUAGAAAGGAAGCAUCUCCCCUUUUUUGAUAGAAGUAAAUUGGGCAUAAAUGAUUUUAAAAAGUUCAUGUAUGAAAAAAAUAUAGAAUUAAUUAAAACAGCAUAUGAAUGUACAAUGGAAGCAAUAAAUGUAUGUAAACCUGGAGUACCUUUUAAAACUAUAGCUGAAGCUAUGGAUAGCUAUCUUCAAAAAGUAAAUAAAAAAAAGCAUACACAUUAUACUAUUGUACCUAAUUUAUGUGGUCAUAAUAUAGGAAAGAAUUUUCAUGAAGAGCCUUUUAUUAUGCAUACUUUAAAUAAUGAUGAUAGGAAAAUGUGUGAAAACUUAGUUUUUACUAUUGAACCAAUUAUAUCUGAAAGACCCUGUGGUUUUAUUACAUGGCCAGAUAACUGGACCAUAUCAAACGCAAGAUAUUAUUUUUCUGCACAGUUUGAACAUACCAUUCAUAUAAAAAAAAAUGGAGUAGACAUACUUACAAAGAAAAAUGAUAAAUCACCCCAGUUCAUCUGGGAGAAGAACACUCUUUAG